AUGGUCUCAAAGCUCCCUUUCACUUCUGGAAUUUUAGGAUUCGGUGAGUUCUGUUUUUGUAGCUUUGCCGCCCAUUUGAAAAUGAUACCCUUUCCAUUUCAAUCCACCAGAGGGCGAUAUGACCCAUGUUUUGGCCCUGCAACCCCUCCUCCCACCCCCGCUUCCCCCUCCUCCAGUGCAAGAGACCUGAUCACGAAGAUCCAGUGCCUGCCUUUCGUGGAAGAUCAAUGGAAAAAGACACUAUAUAAGUUGUUUGUUAGACCUACAGUUGACAAGGUAUCUUCAUAUCUAUUGCUCUUUUGA